UUCAGGUGUAAAUAUAAGAAAUGUGCAAUAUAACAUUGCUCAAAUAUGCCGGAAAAAGAAAACAAAACCGCAUCAUCGGCCCAUUAUGAGCAAUUAGAUGAAAUCAAGAAAACCUGUGAAAAUUUAAUCAGUCAAACACAGACUGAAUUGGCACUUUUUACGCAUGAACAGCUCCAUUUAAGAAAUCAAAUAGACGAUAUAUUAGCCGAAAAUAAAACAAUAGACAAGAAGCUGGAAGCUCUUAAAACAACAACUGUCCAGAUUACCGGAGAAUCCAGGGAUGAUGCCACGAGGGAAAAGUUUACAAAUGAUGCAUUACUGAAUAUUAAAAAGCAAAUAGAUUCUCUGGAAGCGGAAAACAAUGAAUUGAGGUCUCUAAAUAAGAGUUCACGGAAAAGGAUACAAAUUCUCGAAAGUGAAAUUCAAAAUUAUAGAAAUUAUUUAUGUGAAUCGAAAACCGUUGCGGAGAUAAAGAAAAAGUAUGAGACUGCUAUGUUAGUUCUGGAAAAUACCAUUCAAACACAAAAGACGCAAAUUACAAAGCAAACACAAGUCAUCGAAAAUCUAUUCCAGCAAAAGGAUCAGUUAAAUAAACAUAUUAAAAACCUCGAACAAGAAAAAGAAACUGCGAACAGUGCAACUACAACGGGUACAAUCGAAAAACUUAAAGCCAAACUUAAUGAGUCAACACGUCAAACGAAGGAGCUUCAAUUAUCUCUAAAAAUGGCUAAAGGAGUAAUCGAAGAACGUUAUGAGCGUGAAAAAUGUGCCCUACAAAAGGUACAAGAAGCGUUAUCAAUAGCUGAAGCAGCGGUGGUGGACAAGGAAGAUGCACAGAAGCGAGAGCAAGUUGUUAAAGAGGAAUGCGAUAAUUUGGCAUCUACCAUCGGCCAAGUCAUGGACGAAGCAGCGAAAAAAGUAGACCAGGACAUGGAUGAAAUGCGUAGAAAAUUUAGUGAAAAGGAGCGUAGCCUAUUGGAAUUUCAGUUGCAUAUGAAGGAAGAAAUAAAGAACCAAAAGAGGUUCAACCAAAUACUGGAGACACGUUGUAACAGAUUUCAACAAAAGUACAAAGACAGUAUGAAGGAAGUUGAAAAUUUAACACAACAGUUGGAAAGUGCAGUUAAAGCGUUGGUUGAAAUGGAGAAUAAGAUAAGUAAACAAGAAAGUCUACAAAAAAUAUUAAUGAAGCGUGCCGAAGAAAAGGAAGAUGUAAUUCAGAAUUAUAUUAAAACGAAUACGAGAUUGAAAGAGGAAUACAAAAAAACGCUCUCGGACAUAACAAAAAAAUUUGAAAGACAAAUUUAUUAUCUACAAAAUGAAAUUGCUAGACUCAGGGCUAAAUACCAUUUAAAUUCAGAGGAUAAAUAAUAUUUAUUUCAAGU